AGACUACCUCGCGCACGUCCUGCCCCUCCGCACAUCACGCCGCUAAACGCAUCUGAACCCAACAAAUUAUCCACUGCCCCGACUACGCCGAUGCCUUCCUUCCCCACCGCUGUGACGCCUCCCAGCCUCUGCCGCCGCCCCACGCGACGGACGCCAUCUCUCCCCUAUUUCCCUCUUCACCUCCACGGCCACGCCGCGUCGCCGGCCGAGCCCCGCUGCGGUCGCUAUGUUCCGCCGCGCCGCCCCUUAGCCCCACACCUAAGCCGCAGCCGAGAUGCAUCUGAGCGAGAACGAGGGGAUCGAGGGCGUGCGGUUCACGGUGACUGGCGGGCAGGGCUUCGUCAGCGCUGCGCUAUGCCUGGAGCUGAUCCGCCGCGGCGCCCUGCAGGUCUGCUCCCUCGACGACUCGACCUGCGUGAGUGCUCCUCUUGGUCCCAGCAGCUCCUCGACGUCGGCGUCCGCUUCUUCCAAGGCAAUGAGGGAAGUAGAUGGGCAUGGCUGAUCUGUUCGUCAUGCAGUUAUGUGCUAUCUUAUUCCUUGAUGCUGAGUGUGAUUCCAUGCAUGUGCAAGCUAUAUGUACUCUUAAGCUAUUAGUGUUCUCUAACUUAUUUCCUACUGUUCCUGUAUGGUACCAUGUCAGAUUUAGAACCCAGCAAAGAAAUAUGGCAGAAAUUUGCAUAUUAAUUUUUCUUGUGCAGGUUUGAGAUAUAAAUGUCAUACAGAUGCUUCUUUGCCAUGAGUGUGUAAACUUGAUGAGGCAACAUGGUCUUCAAGCACAAGAAAUACCCAUGGACGUGAGUGCGGGCUGCCGCUCCGCCCUCCACUCCUCUGCUUGACCACCGCCGCCGCCAUGUCGAGGCCCUCGCCACCAAGCGGCAUGCUUUCCCGUGAGCUAGCUUCUUCAACACCUGUUUCUCUGAAUUUCUACAAGCUAAAUUAGUACUCCCAUGGACGUUGGCCUGUAUUGGAUUCUUGUACGGUAUGAUUUGCCCAAUCAGCACACCCAUGGACAGGGCAAGAAAAAUAAUUAGAAAGCAUGAAAGAUGCCAAUCAAUACUUUCUGUUGGAUAUAUCAAUUGUUUUAGCUCUUCCUACACCCAACUGGCACAUUCUAAAUUCUGAAGGUUUCAGCUGGAAUUCCCGUUCCGUUCAUACAUUCCAAUUUGGCGUUUUAGUUCAAAAUUAGAAGUUGGAGUCUGUGUAUAGUUAUUCUCAUGUCCAUCAUAUGAACUAUGCUUGUGUACUCAUGUUGAAUUGAUGUAUGAUACUGAGUCUUUGCAUUUUCAAUCGCCUUUCACUUUCUUCAUGAUUUGGUGGAUGUGCAUUUUCACAUAAUUUUUAACAAACCAAUUCAUAUUUUCGUCGAGCUUAAAUCAUUUUGUUCUUUUAUAAUGGUUGGAGAUGUGGUUUAGGAGGAUCAGCAGCUAAUGGCAAACGUGCUAGCAAGCCCCGAGUGCGGUGGCCCGUGCAACAUGAAGAAGACCAUCCGGACAAAGGGCAGGUACACAAAUAGCUAAGAACACAAGGAGACGUGCAGGUUUGCGUUUCUGAGUUAUCUCUUUUAGCACUAGCGAUUAAAUGGUCUGUAGCUGGUCAGGCGUGCUUGCCUAAAAUGUACUUUAGUAGUUGCUAGAGCAAUGCUAGCUUCUAUGUUGUUCUUGCAGCCUCAACUAGCUAAUUUUAUUUAAAGCAAAUGUUGUUCUAUCCUUCCAAUUACUGUUAUUCAGAUCUUCUUUUCUUUUUUCUGUUGUCAUUCACAGUACAAAUGUUAUGAGAAUUUCAGGAAUUUUGUCAUAUCUUUCUCCCAGGUACCUUAAUUUUGUAAGCAAGAUCUCAAGAAAGUAUAUAGGGAGGAGAUUGACAAGGUGCAUGCAAGAUCUCAAGUUCAUUGCUGUCUUUUUCUGUAUGAACAUUUUCUUAUUUGGAGUUGCAGCCGAUUUAUGGUGUACCAACCGACUUGGCUUAGGAUGUAUUGUAGUUGGUUUGGUUGCAUCAACCAACAAGUCUUAUUAUGUAUUGCAGUUGGUUUGGUACCAUCAGCCGACUGGCCGGUUGGAAAACAAGCGGGGAAAACAUGUACUGUGAGCUCCCCUCGCAUUCAGAGUUUGGAGCUUGAUGAAUAAUGAUGUGUGAGCUUGUUGAUGAUCUGCUAUUUUUCACAAAAUUGGGACAUGUCGGAUGGUCGAUGUGAGGUUCUCAAGUAAAAAAAUUCCUCAUUUGUCC